AUGUCGCCUUGGCGGUUUGACUAUAACGAUGCCGCUACGAACGCAGCUUCUGGCGAAACUGCGCCUGUGAGAGGAUCUAGCAGCGUACGGCAGAGGAGGCGGGGGUUUUCGCGCAGAGGAAGGGCGGGGGAACGGGCAGGCGGAGGCGCGGAUUCGUCCCCCUUGACGCCCGCCGGCGCGCGGACGCGGGGUGCUGCGCGCCUGUGGGCCGGGCGGAACAGCAGCGCGUCCGCAGAUGGAGAGUCUCCCAGGGGAGCCGGGGGGACCGCCGCCGUGGCUGCUGCUGCGGCGGCUGCGGCUGCCGCGGCGGCGGCUCUAGCAGCAGCGGAAGAGGCGUCAGGAGGAGGAUUUGUGGACGUUCCCCUUGACGGAUUCCGUCAGAUGUCUUCGUGGCUCUCCAGCAUCCCCACCGCAUCUCACCGCAUCAGACCGCAGAUCAUCUUCCAGAGGUAUAGCAAUCUCCCUGUGCUGCCGCCUCUGCCGGAUCAGGACGAUGGGGACGAUGGGCCGCCGCCCGCUGUUGCCACCCGGCCGGCCACUGCUCACUCCAGUCCAAGCCCUGCUGCCCCGGCCCGUGCUACAGUGGCUGCUACAGUGACGGAUUCCCCCCCCAUCAGCGAAGCGCCGGACGAUUUCUUUUGGCAGGGGGGAGAUGAGCGAGGAGGACUCGGGACCCCCUCGUCUGAGGCGCCAGAUGAUUUCUGGUGGCAGGGGGAGAUGAGCGAGGAGGACUCGGGGGUGAUUGAGGCAGCCAUGCAGGCCAUUCUCAUGGACGGACUGGCUGGCGCGCUGCAGGGAGGGGGAGGGGGAGGGCUGGGAGGGGGGCUGCACGGAGCGGGAGGGAGGAGGUUGAUGGUGCCGCAGAUGCUGCUGUUUGAGGAUGAGGAGGCGUGGACGUACGAGCAGCUGUUAGAGCUGGAUCGGAAUAACGUCAGACGAGGGCUGAAGCAGCAGGAGAUGUGGAAGCUAGAUCGGCGCAAGAUGGCACAUGGGGACGAGAGGGUGGAUUGCCAGAUCUGCCUGUCUGAGGCCGUGGCAGGCGAGCUUCUCACCUCCCUGCCUUGCAAGCACACAUACCAUGACGCCUGCAUCUCCUCCUGGUUCAAGACCCACCGCACGUGCCCCAUCUGCCGCUUCGAGAUUGCUGACUGA